CAUAGAGUGUCAGCUGAGCGCUUUCAGGAAGUGCUCAAGUAAAAGAGGAUAACAACGCUGAAGUGAGAACAAAAACAUCUUUUAUCAAAAAUGGCCGAGCCCAAAAUAUCUUCCAUCGACGGAAAGUUGGCCGAAGAGUUUGCUGUUCCCUCCCAUGUGGAGGAGGUCAAGGAGAAGAUGGCCACUUUCGCCACUCAUCAUGCCCAAGCAGGUCGCAGAGUUGUCCUCAUCACGUCAGGAGGCACCAAAGUCCCCUUGGAGUCACGCACCGUCCGUUUCCUAGAUAACUUCAGCAGCGGGAGGCGAGGAGCCUCCUCGGCCGAAUACUUCCUAGACUCAGGCUACGCCGUCAUUUUCCUGCACAGGCACCGUUCUCUCUAUCCCUACACUCGCAUGUUUCUAACCAUCAACAUGCUGGACGCCCUGCAGUUCAGGGGAGGAGAAGGAGGCGGUGAGGUAGUGGUGGACCAGCAGGUACUCCCGGACAUUGGCAGAGUACUAAAGCGGUACAACGAAGUUAAGGACGGAGGACUUCUCCUUCCCAUCGAAUUCAACACUCUUUCAGAGUAUCUGCAUUUACUAAAAGCAGCGGCACAGGCGCUCAGCACUAUAGGAUCAAAGGCCAUGUUUUACCUGGCUGCAGCCGUGUCUGAUUUCUACAUACCCGCCUCAGAGAUGCCUGAACACAAAAUCCAGUCUUCCAACGGGCCUCUUCAGCUCAGCAUGAAGAUGGUUCCUAAGAUCUUGUCACCCCUCGUUAAGGACUGGGCGCCUCAAGCGUUUGUCACAUCCUUCAAGCUGGAGACGGAUCCCAGCAUCCUGCUCGACAGGGCCCGGCGAGCCCUGGACACGUACAGACACCAGGCGGUGGUCGCCAACGUGCUGGACUCCCGGCGGGGUUACGUGGUGGUCGUGACCCCGGAGACCCAGGCUGAGCUGGUCCUCACUGAGGAGGAGGUGAAGAAGGACGUGGAGAUAGAGGAGAGGAUUGUGAGCAACCUCACAUCAGCGCACAGCAGCUUUAUAACUGGCUCACAGAAAUAAUGAGCUUAACUUGUCCUGAUUAGGAUUAGUUCAUACCUGAUUUUCCCUCUACAGUCAGUUUAUGAAUACAAACAGAUCCAGCCGCUUGUUGUGCGUGUUUGAAUGUUUAUUCAGGUUAUCAGUAAAAUAUGCAUGAUGUGUGGAUUGUUAACUGAUAAUGAACGUGUACAUCAGUGCGGCUGCAGCUCCACACAGUCUGGACUCGCUCCUGGUUACUUAAGCUUGGUGCUUUUCUUGACGCCGGCCCGAAUACCAGACACUUCUCCACCAUAACGAGUUUCCUCCCGACGAACCUCCCGAACCUGGUGAGAAGAAUCUGGUUCAGUACCUGAUGACCCCCAGAAAGCUGUUGAUGUUCUAAUCCAUGCGUGUGAUACCAACCUGUCCCUUUCUGCGGAUUUUGGCCCGCCGGUACUUUUCUCUGUGUUUGACUCUGGGAUUACGGUCUAUCUUCUUUCUCUUGGGUGUCAGCCCCUUGUUCUUGGCCAUCUGUGAAGGUAUCACAUUUAAUGAUUGUUUUAGGUAUGAAGAGCUAUUCACAUACAUGAGUGGUCGUUGACUCCUGAGACAAUUUCCAAAUAAAACUGAAGCACCAAAUGUUUCUGCUGUCCAACUACUCACUGCAGAUUACAUCAGCGAGACCCAAAGGAGAGUAAAAAUGUUCAAUUAAAAGG